AUGUACGAUCUCCAAGAGCAUGGAAUUCUGAAUUUGAUGCUCCCACUUCGUCGUCGCGUGAAACUGUUACAGGGGCGAGAGCGAGCACAGGCGCAGGACACUCAGCAAUGGCUCGUACCAAGCAGACCGCUCGUAAAUCCACCGGAGGAAAGGCUCCCCCGCAAGCAGCUGGCCACCAAGGCCGCCCGCAAGUCGGCCCCAGCCACAGGAGGAGUGAAGAAGCCUCAUCGCUACCGCCCAGGAACUGUCGCCCUUCGUGAGAUCCGUCGCUACCAGAAGUCGACCGAGCUGCUCAUCCGCAAGCUGCCCUUCCAGCGCCUCGUCCGUGAGAUCGCCCAGGACUUCAAGACCGACCUUCGCUUCCAGUCUUCCGCCGUGAUGGCUCUCCAGGAGGCCGCCGAGGCUUACCUCGUCGGUCUCUUCGAGGACACCAACCUGUGCGCCAUCCACGCCAAGCGUGUCACCAUCAUGCCCAAGGACAUCCAGCUUGCUCGCCGUAUCCGUGGAGAGCGUGCUUAA